CACAGCUCGAAAUCGAAAAUAUCUUCCUCUUCCUGGUAUUCGUCUGCCGGAUAGGGUAACUGUGAUUGGUGGAGAAAGUAUUGCUGCCCUCCAAUCACAACAGGGGAAGGAUGGUGUAUCACCGCAGAUUCAUCCACGGUUUGAUUCGUGGCCGCUUCCUUGGCCGACGGUUGGCCUUCGGGUUGUGCCUGAGGAUAUCGCAGGAGAUUCUUGCGCCUGUGGUCAAUGAUGCGGUUGUACAUCCGCCAGGUGGCGUAGUCAUAGAGCUCUGCAUCGCAGCCCACCUUUUCCGAGGCAUUGGCCUGGCCUUCCGAUCGAUUGUAUCCUACUGGCUGUGAUCGAUUGAUGGCAAUGGCCCGUGAUCGUUGGCGGGGGAGGCAUUCGCCGACUUUCGAAAACAUGGUGCUUGUGUUGGUGUUCGAGUUGCGGGUAGGAGAUGUUUUUCGUGUCUUGUUCUUCUUGCUGUGAGUCGUUGUAAUGAAGUCGUUCUGUUUGCUGUGCGUAUUCGAGAUAUUGGAGCUGUCUUUGUCUGCGUCACUUUUGGUUUUAUGAGAUUCUCGUCUCCUUGUUCUUACUUUCUUGUUACAAUCUGUAAUGCCGUAUGUUAUUGUAAUUGAGUUCGAGCUCGAAGUGGGCCGAUCGUGGCACUGAUUCCUUUCUCGAUCGAGGGGGCCGAAAUUGUGAGGAAUUAGAUUCACCAUCAGUUCUUGAUUCUUGUGAAUUCCUUUUUCCCGGUCCGUGGAACUGUAGGUUCCUGCCGUAGGGUUUCCAUCACGACACGCGUUGAAGUAGUGUCCAGGAGAUUCGUCGAGAUCCAAUCCCGCAUCACGAACCCGCGGCGUACGUACCUGGCAACCGAUAUACGUACGAGCAGUACUAUUAACCGCGUACUCGUCUACUAAUCCAACCAGAGAAUUAAGUGCACGUGAGUUUCGCUUUUCAAUCGUGAGUGGAGUCUGUCUGUCGCCCGUCGAUCCGGCGAUGGGGGGAAGCAACGGUAAACUAUUUUUGUUGAGGUUGUUUUCCGUUGCCGUCGUUGUUCUCGAUGACGACGAGGCCUCGCGGUAAACCAGCGACGAUUGCGGGGUGAUUCUGUGCGGUUCAUGCUGGGCAUCCAUACCAACAAUGUUGGUAAACGAGCUUGAGUUUUCAGCUGCUGUGAACGAGACGGCUGCUUCGGUGAUAGCGUCCGCCUUCGAGAUUUCGUCGUCGGAGACUUCCAUUCGGAAUUGUUCGAGGGAACGCUCCGAGUAGGGGAACGCGCUGGCGUUCAGUUCGUUGAAUUCGGCCGCGCUGAAGUUCAUGGUGGACGUUUUGUGAAAACAAAUGCGAUUGACUAUAGUAUGACGUGAUCUAUUCGAUGUAUCGUUUGUGAACUCGGAAAUUACUCUCUUUCUUUUCGGCAACUGGUCGUCUAUCGGUUGUCUCUUCGUUACCAGGCCUUUGUCUUUCUUUUCGAUUGCUGCUAGGAAGCACGUUCCUUCUGAUUGACUGUAUUGUUCUGUAGAUCGUUUGAUGGAUGUCCCGAGUGGCUAGGGAGAGCCGUUGACAGGGCUGUGUGUAGCACGAGGCGAGGCCUUAAUAGGCGUUUAUUUCGGUUUUUUUUUUUCGUGUCCGUCGUGUGGUGUGUCUCGCUUAUUUGUUAAUGAGCGGCAUCAAAAUCAACUGUAACAGGAUUUCCACGAAAGGGUUCUAUUCUUUUAAAGAAAAAAGAUGACAAGUUCGUGCGUGUCUCUGUUGUCGCCCGAUAGGCAUGCUCACUCCCACGGCAAUUUUUUUUGGUUCUUCCAUGUUCGUUAGCAGAACUUGAUCACGAAGAAUAUCAACUUCAGAAUAACGAACAUCAAAGGCAAUUGGGAAUUCUAUACACGUCACGAACCUGAGUUGUACCAACGACCAAUCAGAAUUCUAAUGCUUUCCUUGCCCCGUGCACACUUUCCUAGAUUUCUUAAGGAAUCCCUCUGAUUGGUCUGGCGAACCCGGGAAUCCGUGUUGCUAAGGGCAGCAGAUGGGUUGUGUAUUGUGUGGACGCGGGGAGCUCCGAGAAAAAAAUAAUUCGAAAAUUGUGUGGUCUCGGAUGACUCAAGAAACUGAGGCCAUAUGAUUGGCUUAAACAUUUAGGAAAACAGUUUGCAUCUGCAGGCUCUUUAGUCUUCGAAGAGCCUUCUAGACCAAAUACGGACGUGCUCGUAGACAACAAUACUAGAAUCUACGUCGUCGAACGCUAUCGGUGCAGGUCCCCGAAUUGGAAAGGAAGAAUGAAAAAAAAGUUUGGGGAUUAUUUCGGCACGGAUUUGAUGCAAGUACAGCUACGGCUACAGGGAAUGGCGACUCAGGAGCGUGGCUGACUGUGAUCAUCUUUGUUCUCUGGUUGUGGUUAAAACUACGUGUGAGUGUGCCCCACGUACGACACGGUACUCGUACCGUUUUUAAUAAAGAAUUCUUGACAGUGAAUUGCAGGGAUUUAUUUCGCUUGUUGUGAUGCCGUAGAGUCUACUCUACCUUGACAUCUUUUCCAUCACUACUGUAAUGCCCAUCAAGAAGUACGAAAUUCCUUUUGGAAAAUGAGAACAAAUCGAAUCGAUUCCUCUUUCCAAAUUUGGAGAAGCAUGCUUGUCGCAUCACGCUUUUUUUACACCGAUGAUGUGACAAAAGAAAAAAGCUCGUGUCAGCAUUGGGUGGUGUGCAGUGGGCGGUGUGCUACAAUAGAACAGUAGAACGGUAAUGCAGACCUAAUCUAGAACACGACGCCGAGGAAAACAUCAAAGGUGACCACUUCGGUUCUAGGCGAAGGAACUGCGCUGAGCCAUGCCGCUAAGGCAGGAAAUUUCACCACAAUGCUUCAGCGGAAGAGAGUACGAACGGAUGAACCGUGCCGUAAAGCCAGCCCUCAGUUGUUCUGGUAGGGCUUCUUUCCCCAGAAGCAGAAUAAGAACUGCAAAAACUGGAUUAUCCAUGUUAGUAGUCAAGUAGAAAAUACGAGAAUGGUACCUAAAUACUAGGAUCCUAACAGUAGUAAUACAACCGUUUCUCCAAG